AUGGCUGCACAAUAUCCCACACUCCAAGACCGUCCUAUCAAGGACACAAUUUGCCUCUUUGAUGUCGAUGGCACUCUCUCCCCGGCUCGUCGACAUGCUACUCCUGAGAUGAUGGAUAUCCUUGCAAGACUGAGACAGAAGGUCGCCAUCGGUUAUGUGGGUGGUUCCGAUUUCUCCAAACAGGAAGAACAACUCGGCUCCCCUUCAGUCCCCGUCACCGAUGUCUUCGACUUUUGCUUCGCCGAGAAUGGUCUUACUGCCUAUCGACUCGGGAAAAAGCUCGACUCCACCUCUUUCAUUGGCUGGCUAGGAGAAGAAAAAUACCAGAAGCUUGUCAAGUUCAUCCUAAGAUACAUUUCAGAGCUUGAGGGUCUCCCAGCUAUGCGUGGAACUUUCAUUGAGUUCAGAAAUGGCAUGAUCAACGUCAGUCCAGUUGGCCGUAACGCAAGCCAGGCUGAGAGAGGGGAAUAUGAGACGUGGGACCUCAAAACCGAAACUCGAAAGAAGUUGAUUGAAGCAAUCAAGAAGCAAUUCCCUGAUUAUGGACUCACCUACUCCAUUGGUGGCCAGAUCUCCUUCGACGUUUUCCCCACGGGAUGGGACAAAACUUACUGUCUUAAACAUGUUGAAGCUGAAGCCGAUUCUUCGAAGGGAUUAUCUGGCGUACAGUACAAGCAGAUUCACUUCUUCGGCGACAAGGCAUUCCCUGGUGGCAAUGAUUGGGAAAUCUACCAGGACUCUCGAACCAUCGGCCACGCUGUCAAGGAUCCCGAAGACACCAUGAAACAAUUGAAGGAGCUGUUCGAUGUUUGA